UAUACUGGCCUGUAAAGAAGGCCACAGUGGUCCAACCUACGAGUCCAUGCAGGCUGUGUUUGACCUACAGCCCUUCAGACCAGCAGUGAACCUCAGCAAUCCCACCAUAGCCAACAUCUCCUUCACCCUGUAUGCCGUCUUGGGCGUGAAUGAGAAGACUCAGAUCCUCACUACUUUCCUGUGGCUUCGACUGUACUGGCACCACGAGUUCCUGAUCUGGGAUCCUGAUGAGUGUGACGGCGUCACCAAGAUUUCUCUCCCCGUGAAGAAUCUCUGGUCUCCAGACAUCAUCGUGUAUGAGUUUGUGGAUGACGAUGUUUCCCAAGCGUGCCCUUAUGUGUACGUGAACCACACAGGUCACAUCCGCUGGGACAGGAUGCUGCGGCUCGUCUCAGCCUGCAACCUAAAGAUCUUCAGUUUUCCCUUCGAUGUGCAGAACUGCACUUUUACGUUUGGCUCCUACAUGCACACCAUAAGGGAUGUGAGGGUCAGUCCAGCACUGACAUUUAAGGAAAUGUCUGAAAACUCUAAGCGUUACCUGGAGGCCAGUGGAGAGUGGGAGCUGGUGGACAUACUGGGGGAUACCUCCAUCCUCCAGUUUGGGAUCGACGAGUGGGAUAUCAUCACCUUCUGGGUGGUCAUAAGGCGGCGCCCAGUGCUCUACGUGGUCAACCUGCUGAUCCCGAGCUCCUUCCUCAUGCUCAUCGACAUCCUGUCUUUCUACCUGCCCCCCCACAGCGUCGACCGCGCCUCCUUCAAGAUGACCCUCAUCCUGGGCUACACCGUCUUCCUGCUCAUAAUGAACGACCUGCUGCCCAGCACGGCAAACGGCACGCCCAUCAUAGGCAUCUAUUUCUCUGUGUGUCUGGCCCUCAUGGUCAUCAGUCUACUGGAGACGGUCAUCAUCACCAACGUCCUCCACCACAACUCGAUGAAAUAUCAAGAGGUUCCGAACUGGGUGAGGGUGGUUGUCCUCAAAUACAUCGGCAACCUCAUCUGCUACCGGUGGCCAGAGGACAUCCAGGCCCCGUCUGUAACACGAACAGAUAAAGCUGAAAGCUCGAAUCUAGGCUCAGGGCCGUGGAUCAUCCCGCCAGCCAGCCAGGCACCCGCUCAGAUCCCAGCCAGCAACGGAGGCACGGUUGCUCUGCCUGAAUUGCAACAGAUCUGUCAGUAUCUGGGUGACCUCCGAGCCCACCUCACCUCGAUGCAGAAGGAAAGCGAACUGCAGGAACAGUGGUGCCACGUGGGCUAUGUCCUCGACUACCUGCUCUUCCGCAUCUAUCUGCUCCUCAUCUCCUGUUACGCCCUGGUCAUCAUCUGCAUGUGGUGCAUCUGGAUCAGCCAGACCUAAGUGGACACGGUUUGGAUUCAGUUUGCGGGCAAAUCAUAAUAUGCCUGAAUAACAUUUCAAAAAAGCCAGUUGGAAAAACCAGUGGGUUGUGGUUAUUUAACCUACUUUCUCUGUUAGGGUUAAGGACCCCUAGGGACCUCUUUUCUCGUCUGAUUACAAACAGCCUGAUACUUAGAAUGAAUUUCCAUUUCAUUCCCAUUGCUUUACUUGAUUUGAUUGAAGGUAAUCUGCGUUGAGCUGAGUCCAAAUCAAUCGCUCCUGA